AUGACAUUUUCUUUUCUUCUUCUUCUUCUUCUUCUUCUUCUUCUUCUUCUUCUUCUUCUUCUUUGCCAUCAGUGUUCUAAAUAUUUCUUCUUUUUGUUCAUUUUUUUUCUUCUUCGGAAUGUUUAUUUCUCGUUCCUUUGGUAUCUUUUUUUUCUUCUUCUUUUCCUUCUUCAGCAUGUUUCUUUCCGCUUCCUCCUCCUCCUCUUUCUUGUUUUUCAAUCAAUAUGUUCUUCUUCUUCUUCUUCUUCUUUUUGUUGUUUGCUUAUCCGUCUCUGUCUUUUUUUAAAAAAAUUUCUUCUCAGUCUUAACGUUUUUUUAUUAUAUAUUUUUACUUCUUCUUGGAGGCAAAUUUCUUCUGUUGUUUUAUUUCUUUUCUCUUUCAUACUUUUAUUUUCUUCUUCAAUUUCUUUACAUUUCUUCCUCCUCCUCUUCUUCUUCUUCUUCUUCUUCUUCUUCUUCCUCCUCCUUCUCCUCUUCUUCUUCUUCGUCUUCCUCUUCUUCUUCUUCUUCUUCUUCCUCUUCUUCUUCUUCUUCUUCUUCUUCUUCUUCUUCUUCUUCUUCUUCUUAACAGAUUCCUUUCUGUCGUUUUCUUUUGAUCGUUCCAUUCUAUCUUAUUUUUAUUUUCUUUGCCCCUUUUUCUGUUUUUUUUUAAAAAGGUAUCCUUAUAUUUUUUCUUUUCUUUUCUUUUCUUUCAAUUGA